GCGUGGCGCCGCCCACCGCGCUUCCGGUUGUUGCCGGGCCCUACAUCCGGUGUCCGCCCGCCCUAGGCUCCGCUGCCCGGAUCGCGAUGCUGUCCCGUUCCCGCUGCGUGUCUCGGGCGUUUAGUCGCUCGCUCUCCGCCUUCCAGAAGGGGAACUGCCCUUUAGGGAGGCGUUCCUUGCCUGGUGUCUCCCUGUGCCAGGGACCAGCUUACCCUUACAGUAAAAAGUUUGUCGUAAACGACUCUGUCUUGAAUGUUCGCUUCUUUAGAACUACAGCAGUAUGCAAGAAUGAUGUUAUUACAGUCAAAACUCCAGCAUUUGCAGAGUCUGUCACAGAGGGGGAUGUCAGGUGGGAAAAAGCUGUUGGAGACACAGUCUCAGAAGAUGAAGUGGUUUGUGAAAUUGAAACAGAUAAGACCUCUGUGCAGGUUCCAUCACCGGCAAAUGGAGUGAUUGAAGCCCUCUUGGUACCUGAUGGAGCAAAAGUGGAAGGAGGAACCCCUCUGUUCACUCUCAGGAAAACUGGCGCUGCUCCUGCUAAAGCCAAACCAGCUGAAGCUCCUCCUGCUGCAGCCCCUAAACCAGAUUCUGUAGCAGCUCCUCUUUCCCCUCCCCCACCUGCUGCAUCUAUACCCACCCAGAUGCCCCCAGUGCCCCCAGUUUCAGCACAACCUGUUGAUACCAAACCUGUGUCUGCAGUAAAACCCUCUGCUGCUGUUUCAGCAGCAGAGCCAGGAGCUGGCAAAGGUGUGCGUUCAGAACAUAGGGUAAAAAUGAACAGGAUGCGACAACGUAUUGCUCAGCGUCUGAAGGAAGCCCAGAAUGUAUGUGCAAUGCUGACUACUUUCAAUGAGGUUGAUAUGAGUAACAUCCAGGACAUGCGGGCCCGACACAAAGACACUUUUCUGAAAAAACACAACCUGAAACUAGGCUUCAUGUCAGCAUUUGUGAAGGCCUCUGCCUUUGCUUUACAGGAGCAGCCAGUAGUAAAUGCAGUGAUCGAUGACACAACCAAAGAGAUUGUGUAUAGGGAUUAUAUCGAUAUCAGUGUUGCUGUGGCCACUCCACGGGGACUUGUGGUACCAGUUGUUAGGAAUGUGGAAACGAUGAAUUUUGCAGACAUCGAACGAACCAUAAAUGAGCUGGGAGAGAAGGCCCGAAAGAAUGAGCUUGCCAUAGAAGAUAUGGACGGUGGCACUUUUACAAUCAGCAAUGGAGGAGUCUUUGGCUCCCUCUUUGGGACCCCCAUCAUCAACCCCCCUCAGUCGGCCAUCCUGGGCAUGCAUGGCAUUUUUGAUAGGCCUGUUGCUAUUGGAGGCAAGGUGGAAGUGCGGCCCAUGAUGUAUGUAGCACUGACUUAUGACCACCGACUGAUUGAUGGCAGAGAGGCAGUGCUUUUCCUUCGAAAAAUCAAGGCAGCAGUGGAGGAUCCUCGUGUCCUGCUACUUGACCUUUAGAGAAAGUUACACUCUAAAGCUCUAACUCACAGAGACUGAAAACCAGUCUUCCCCUACCCCCUUAUGUGUACCUGGGUCAGCUGGGUGGGAGACAGCCCCAAAUGCUGCUGACUUAAAGGAAGCCAGAGCACUAGGUAACCAGCAGCUACAGCUCCUUUUAGGGCAUUCCUGUCCCUCUCUCCACUGCCUUUGUCUUAAAAUGAAUGCUCUUACUUCCUUAUUAUGCUCAAAGGAGGGGGAGAGAGAGAGAGAGAGAGAGAAUUGAUGGAGCCUCAUUAAUAUCCUAGCCUUUCUUCCAUGCAUCCUCCCCAGAGAUGAUUUUGCUUUUUCCCUAUGGCGGUAUAAAUAGAGAAACCACUAGAGAUAUUUUAACCCCUCUGUCCUACACUUGCCCAGUUUCCAAAAUUCUGACAUCCUCAGAGGCACAGGAGGAAGAUCCUGGCCCCCAGAAUUAUGAAGCUAUCGCCCUGGCUCUGAUCUAUCCGACUCUGGGCCCUGUGCAAAGUUUCUUUACUCAAAUACAGGGGAAGAGAUGCUGCUUUGUUUCUUAAAGGGCACCUUCUAGCCUCGGUAGCCUGUGUUGGCUUUAAAAUGCCUCUUCUACCUCUUUGGGAAGCACAGACCAGGUGGCCUGAGGUUAGAGGGAAGUCAAGGGCAGGAGGGCAAGCUAGCUUAACAGACUUCAAUUUGUGUCUCCAGAAGUGAGAGUGCAUCAGGUUUGCACUUAGACCAUGGUCCUUUCAGCAAAAAGGCCCAUCUCUGCACAGACUUGCUGUGCUCACCUGCUUUUCUUUAUAAGUUCCUAGCAAUCAUACCAGCAACGGUGUUGCAUUUAGAACCAUAUUCAUUCUAGGGUGGAAGUGUGGAACAAAGGAGGUAGAAUUUGGUUGAGAAGUCUGGAAAAUUUCCAACUAGUUGUUGCUGCCUGCUAAUUUGAAGUUCAAAUUGGUCUUUCUACCCUAUGUGGACCAAUUCUGGUCUGUCUUUGUGGGCUGGUGGAGGAGAGGAAGCAAUAUAUUGGCUUCUGGGUACAUUAGCCCAGGGCCAAGAUAAGGACAGUACACUUCCUUAAGUUCUCCACCUUAGCAAAAAGCCAGCUGUGAGUUGUUAGUGUAAGAGAAUGAAAUGCCUGGAGUCCUCUUUGAAGUACUGCUCAAUAUUGGAGGGCAAAAUCAUUGGGGUCCCUUGGAAAAUGUUUAAGUAUAUACUUCCUAUUGUGAGGGCUACUGGAAAUCCAUUGAUAUGUAUCCAAAUACCCAGUUCUGAGGCUGCUGGAAUCAUGGGGCCAUUUAUCAGGGCCCAGCAUGAGAGGGGUGAGGAGGCUGGAAUCCAGUACUGAGUGCCUGCAGUGUCUACUAUUCUAUCUCCGAUAUACAGAACUUGUAAUUAAAAUAUUUAAAGAAUCCAAUUUUAAAUGAAAUUAAAGGGGAAAUGUUCUCAAA